CUUCCCCUUUGCGACUGGAUUUUUGAAUGAGACGCCUGAAAGAGCCUUAACAGCCCCGGAAGGUUUGAGCUUGUUGAUAAAGUCUGCUUUGCAAAACUCGCUGAAGAAGCACUUGCUGAAAACGCACUUGCUGACGAAGCCUGCGGUUGAAAAACCUACAAAAGAUGGAUCCUGGUCAGGACAAGCACCAGCAGGGUGACCACCCGGAAGUUUCUGAAGACAAGGAAGAGGAGUCACGCUGGACUUCACCUCCAAUCACGGUGAGCAGUACUACCAGCUCCGAUGAAGACGAGGUUGGUAAUAACAGUACUAGCAGCUCCAGUACUAGUAGCUCCAGUGGCAGCGGUACUAGCAGCUCCAGUACUAGUAGCUCCAGUGGCAGCGGAACUAGUAGCUCCAGUACUAGCAGCUCCAGUAAUAGCUCCAGUGGUAGCGGUACUAGCAGCUCCAGUGGUAGUAGUACUAGCAGCUCCAGUUGCAGCUGUACUAGUUGCAGCUGUACUAGUAGCAGCAGCUCUAGUUGUAGUGGUGCUAGCAGCUCCAGUGAAGAUGAGGUUGGUGAUGACUGUACUACCAGCCUGUCUCAGAAGCCUCAACAGGGCAUUUCUCCCUUGACUUCACUUGAGUCCACACAUGGACGUGACAAGCGGGAAGAGCCCAUUUUGCUUCCUGGGACCUCUCAACCUUACCAGGUAGGUUUGGAAAAGGACACGGGUCAUGUGACAUCUGUGACUGGCAUGAACAGAAAGAGGACAAAUGGCAGUGAUGCUGUAGAGGAGCCCCCCACCAAGAAGACUAGGCACAGUGUUGGUGAAGAGGAUCCCGUUUUGUCAUCUCCUCACCUCAGUCCCUCACAAUACAUGGCGCAUGAGGAUCCUUUUUGGUUAUCCCCUGUCCUCAGUCCCUCAUGUAUAAUGGCACAUGAGGAUCUUGAUUGGUCAUCCCCUGUCCUCAGUCCCUCGCAAGACAUAUUGCUUGAGGAUCCUUUUCGGUCCUCCACUGUCUUGAGUCCCUCACCAUUGGAUUUGAUUUUGGAGGAUCCAAUAUUGCCACCCUCUGUCUUCAGUUCUUCACCAAUUCCUUUUGAAGAUUACAUUCUGUCAUUCCCUGCCAUCAGUCCCCCACAAAGGCUAGGUUUGGAAGAGGAACCGGGUCUUGUGACAUCUUCGACCUGCAGAAAGAGGACAAAGGGCAGUGAUGCUGAAGAGGAGCCACCUGGCAAGAAGACUAGGCACAGUGUUGCUGAAGAGGAUCCCGUUCUGUCAUCCCCUUUCAUCAGUCCCUCACAAUACAUGCUGCGCGAGGAUCCUUUUCUGUUGCCCACUGUCUCCACUGUCUUACAUGCAUCACCAUUGGAUCCAAUUUUUGAGGAUCCAAUUUUGCCAAUUUUGUGUCUUCAGUCCUUCACUUACACUGGCAUUUGAAGAUCCCAUUCUGUCUUUCCCUGUCCUUGGUCUCUCACCAUCAGCACAUGGCAAUUAUUCCACUUUGUCGUCCCCUGAAGACUGUAUCUGGGUGGAGUCUGAGGAGGACAUAGAAGAGGAACCAAUACCAUCAAAACAGCUGGGAUUGGACCAAAUGGAAUUAGAGUGAGAGAGAGUUUCAGACAAUCGUGGUUUAGACCUCACUACGACUUGUCAAGUGACUCUAGUUAGAUUGGGAUCUUGAUAAACUGAAGACCUACCUGAGAAGUCCCAUUAGGAUAUCAUCAUUUCUCUGUUGUUUUUGUUAAAGCCAAUGGCUUUCUAGCAGGACAGAGGAUGCCUUAGGUAGCGUCUUGCGCCGGGGCUUUUCUUUAUCCCGCUGCUAGGUUUUCUAUUUUAGAUGUUAAGGACUCUAGCAGGACAGAGGAUGCCUUAGGUAGCAUCUUGCACCGGGGCUUUUCUUUAUCCCGCUGCUAGGUUUUCUAUUUUAGAUGUUAAGGACUCUAGCAGGACAGAGGAUGCCUUAGGUAGCGUCUUGCGCCGGGGCUUUUCUUUAUCCCGCUGCUAGAUGUUUUAUUUUUGACGUUAAGGAUUCUGGCUGGACAGGCGAUGCUGACUUUUUUGCUGUUAAUCAAUGAACGACUAAAUGCUGGAGGAGUCUAAUUUAAAUUUAUGACAAACAAGACCACACUGCUGAACAAAAAACACUAAAAGGAGUCGGACAUUGUUGGUGCGUAAAAGAUAAAUGCUAAAAGGAAUGAUACAACACUUCAGGAUUAAUAGUAAAUGUAAAACAAUAUUGUUUAGUAAAAAUCAAACAUCCAAACUAUUAAGACAACGUGGCUCGGACACUGCAAUCGAUACAAUUGAGAAAUUAAACUCUUUAAAAUUUAAAUAACGUUUCUGACAGUUCUAAAACCAAAUGGAGAUACAAAAUACUCAGUUGAGCUCUGGUACAAACAAAUUGAAACAGCGGUUUUAAAGUUAUAACCAUUCUGGUCUGGACAUUAUAAAAUCCACACCGAGUGACGCGAAUUUACGUAUAAAAUAACAACGGCAGCGACAGCAACAACGGGAGUUAAUUCAAAUGUUCAAAGAUGUCAAGAGGAAGAGAGAAAUAGGCAGGACCUUUGGAUCCCGGAUAUGAACUGUUGAUCCACGGAUCAAUCAUUUGGUGGCUGGAUUCCUAAACCUUCAAGUCCACAUUUUAAAAUGUGGUUGGGCAAAACAUUUAAACUCGGGUAAUAAUAGUUUUAAAGGUCGGUAAUGCUGCUGUGUGUCAAACCUAAAAUCUCUUUGGAAUGAGAAGAAACUAUGCUUUUCGGGACGGACACAACGCUUCUGCAGACAAAUGAAAUAUUUCAAAUUAAAAUCUUUUAGGACUAAUAUGAUGUCAUGGUGGACAAAUUAAAAUGUAGAGGACUUAAAACAACACGCGGAGAACAAAUUAAAAUCUUUUAAGAUAUAAAUAUUUGGUUAAGGCUUGGUCCAGUAACUUGGACCACCAUUGAUAUAUUCUGAGGACCACCUGGAGCUGCAGUUACCUUUCAGGUUAAGACAAAAGUAAGUAUCAGUCCCAGACAGAGCAGCUGGCAGUGAGACUUCUUCUUCCAAGAUUCUCUCUGUGCUUCUGUCUCUGUUUUCCUCUCUUCUCUCCCAUGUCUCAGGGUGUAGUAGCGGUGCUUCCCCACACGGUGCUCUCUAAUAUAGUAAAUUGUUCUCACUGUUCCUCCAUUAAUCCACUCUCCCAGUUCUACUCUUUCAGGUUUUAGCUUCUCAUCGCUGGAUUCUUUUGUGGUUCUCCAUGUGGUUCCUGCUUGUAAGUUUUUCCAUUCAACAACACAUAAUACUGCUGGCAUUGGCAACCAUCAGCUUUAUUAAAGAAACACAGAACGAAAUUCACUAUUAGUAGAAAGUGUUCCUCCAUAUAGAGUUAAAAUUGACAUUAAGGAAGGAAAUUUUGCCUGAUAAUAUUUUGUAUUAGAGACCAAAUUAAAGCAGCAAGUCAAUAAAAAGUUAGAAGACAGAAUUUAUGAUUGAGGGAUUUAAUUAAGAGCUUUUAUCCAGAGGGAGACUAGAGAACAGGAUCAGAGGGAAGGAAAUAAAGAGGAUGUGGAGUAAAGAGGAACUAUUAAUCUGAUGAAACAAAUAGUUUAUAUGGUCAUAUUCAUGUUUUGCCAUCCCAAAAGAGAAUAGACUUUAGAAAAUACUGACACUAGUUUCUGA